ACUUAGUUUCAUGUAUGACUCAUAAGCUGAAGCACAGACUCUACUUCCCCAAUCUACAGUAGCCAUUUUAACUGCAGAAAACUGUUGGAUUUCUUGUUAUCGUCUAGCCUUAGAAAGAACUUAAAGCAAGUGUACAGUACAUGCAAACAAGCUCAUGGAGCCUAAGGAAAUGAUCUCUCCCUGAAGUUUUCUGUGGGUUGUGUGUCUUACCCAAAAGUGGUUUCUGGGUGAGACAAAUACCCAAGGAGGCAUUUCAUCAUUUAUCUGCCUUGAAAAAGAAAAUUCUGGAAGCCUGCACAAGAACAAGCUACCUCAUCACCUGAUCACUUUCAAGGUCUCUUUCCUUGCACAAUUCAUUCCUGGUGAUAAACCUUUUUCUGGAGGAGCCUUUUAUUUUAUGCAGAACUGAGACCUUGGAAUGCUUUAUUAUGGCAGCAGUGGUACAGCAGAAUGACCUGAUGUUUGAAUUUGCCAGUAAUGUCAUGGAAGAUGAACAACAGCUCGGUGAUCCAUCUAUUUUUCCUGCUGUCAUUGUGGAGCAUGUACCCAGCGCUGAUCUCCUCAAUAAUUACUCAGGUUUAUCUUGUGUUACUGAACCCAGUGUCAUGAUAACUGAGAAUUCACUAGAUGUUGCAGAAGAAGAAAUUAUUGAAGAUGAUGAUAUCACCCUUACAGUUGAAGCAUCUUGUCAGAAUGGCGAUGAAACCAUGCAAACCAUUGAAGCCGCCGAGGCUCUUCUCAAUAUGGAAUCCCCUGACCCAGUAUUGGAUGAAAAGAGAUCCACACAUGUGUUUGGAGCUGAGGAUGAAAUUGAUAUUGGUCCAAUUACUCAUGUAUCUGUCACACUUGAUGGGAUUCCAGAAGUGGUGGAGGUUCAACAAAUCCAGGAUGCAUUUGCAGAGUCACAAAUUCCUGUAGCACUUGAGCAACCAAAGAAGAGAAAAGGGAAGAAGCCUAAAGUGCCACGCUCCGAGUCUCCUACUCUGACUCCAAACAUAACAGUGAAAAAGAAAAACAAAGAUGGGAAGGGAAACACAAUUUAUCUUUGGGAGUUUCUACUAGCACUGCUUCAGGACAAAGCUACUUGUCCUAAAUACAUUAAAUGGACUCAAAGAGAGAAGGGCAUUUUUAAGCUUGUAGAUUCCAAGGCUGUGUCAAGGCUGUGGGGAAAGCACAAAAACAAACCUGAUAUGAAUUAUGAAACAAUGGGCAGAGCUCUCAGAUAUUAUUACCAAAGAGGCAUUCUGGCCAAAGUAGAGGGACAGCGUUUGGUGUAUCAAUUUAAAGAAAUGCCAAAAGACCUGGUCUACAUUGAUGAUGAUGAUCCUAGUUCCAGUACAGACUCCACUGAUGCAUCUUUACUGUCAGCACCUAUGGCUAAUAGAAACCAAAUGGGUAGGCCAAAAGGAUCUACAAAUACAGGGUCAAGAGGAGGAUCUACUGCUGUUUUAAAGAUACCACUCAACUCCAAAUCUACCAAACCUAAGCAGCCCCUGGAAACUGCACAGCAGCAAUUGCCUGCCAUGGCAUCAGAAGCCUUGAGGACGAUGCAAGCUACUCAGCCUCUACAUCCAACUCAGCUUUAUCGGACAGUUCAUUUAAUGCAGCCAGUACAAUCCAUUCCAGAAGGACAUACAGCCGUGACCAGUAGCAUGCUGGAUGAGAAAUUGAACUCUUCUGUUCAAAACAUAAGGACCAUCCAGGCUCCAGGGCAAGUUCCAGUAGUUGUAUCCCCUGGGAACCAGCAGCUGCACACUGUAACACUCCAGACACUGCCUCUGACCACAGUGAUCGCCAGCACGGAUCCGUCAUCAGCAGCAACACCCCAAAAGUUUAUUCUGCAAGCCAUCCCGACUUCACAGUCCAUGACCGUGCUUAAAGAGAACGUCAUGCUUCAGUCUCCGAAACCCGUCUCUCCUCCUUCCUCCAUUGUUUUCAGCCCGGCUCAGGUUCACCAGGUUCUCACCAGCAACAUGCAGACAAUUUGCAAUGGAACAGUCAAUGUAGCAGCAUCCUCUCCAUCUUUCAACAGCUCUACUCCGGUUGUAACUUUUACUCCCAGCAGCUCACAGGUGGUUGCCCAGCCAUCCAACACUGUGAUCACUUCGGUCAUUAAGGCGCCAGAAACUAAACCGACUGUUAUUCAAGGGCUGAUCAAACCGGAGGCAGAGGAUGGCACAGUAGAGGAAUGCAGACUCUCAGAGCAAAGUUUCCAACAGCAGCCUUUCAUGGUGAUGGUAUCCAGUGCAAAUGGAUUUCCGUCAACUUUGCAUAUUAAACAAGAAAGCGAACAGUUGGAGCCAAGCACAUAUGAGUGAAACAGAAGUAAAUUAACUUCCAUGUAUGGCAGUUUUCCUUAAUGUGAUGGGACUUCUUCAGUUUUGUAUAUAUCAUUUGAUUCCAAAGCAGAUAUUAUGAAGAUACUUUAAUUUCUGAAAUUAAUUUUAGAAGGUAAUACUAUAGAUUUGAUUUUAUUUUUUUCUCUUUGUUAAAUAAUAUAUGGAUGUUUCAAAAUGCAAGUAUAAAGGAACAUGCAGCUUAUCUUUAUUAGAUCACUGUCCAGCUCUUAAAUUUCCUACACUUCAUGCAUUAUUUGUCUGUCUUGUAACCAGUACUGUAAUCAACGCUUUGAAGCAAGAGUUAAUUAUCACACUUCUCAUUCCAUGUGUUUGAUUCUCACAGCAAAUUUCAAAGAUCUGAUUUAUGCCAGUGAAUUAAGAAAGUUUUGGUUUGUGUACACAGUAAGCAAAUGUUAAUUUGUUUCUAUUGUAUUUUGUCCCAGAGAUUGUGCAAAAUAAGAAGACUCCCUUUAUCAAGAAGAUAUUUACCAUUUAUACAUUUUAUUUACUAGAUACUUUUUGUUUUCAUUUUAUGGAUAGAUUAAAUAUACAUUUUUAUCAAAAUGGAAGUUGUCACAACAGGUAAAAUUAUUUUCACAGCACUCUAAUCCUGAAGCAUAAAAAAGAAAAUAUGAUUUUCUGCUAUUUUUGUAAGGAGGUGAAAAAAUAAGUAUAUGGGACUUGCACAAGUAUUUUCCAAUUGAAAUGUUUCUAUCAAAGUACUUUUCUAUUGUAAAUAUGUAAUUUAAAUUCUCAAAGAGGUUUUCAUAAAAAUGUUCUUUCCACAGAGCAAUAUUUUAUAGAUAAAGAUAAGAUCAUUAUGUUUAGAGCUCUAAUGUUAUAUCUAUUCGUAUAUUACAAAGUGAAUUUGUAUUUAAAAGAAAAUUUUAAAUUGUGGGACUCUUUUGGACCCCUUUGCCUUUUUUGUAUUUUAAUUGGUUUAUUAUGAAAAUAAAUCAAAUACAACAUCA